AUGAAGCGGGACAGGCUCGGCCGCUUCCUGUCGCCCGGGGCAGCUCGGCAGCGCGGGGUUUCUGGCAGGAAGAGUGAAGGCAAAGAGCCCAGGCGUGCUGAAGAACCCAAAACUCGAAAGAAACCAGGGCCCAAACCAGGCUGGAAGAAAAAACUUCGGUGUGAGAGGGAGGAGCUUCCCACCAUCUACAAGUGUCCUUACCAGGGCUGCACAGCCGUGUACAGGGGUGCCGAUGGCAUGAAGAAGCACAUCAAGGAGCACCAUGAGGAGGUCCGAGAGAGGCCCUGCCCACACCCCGGCUGCAACAAGGUGUUCAUGAUUGACCGAUACCUGCAGCGCCACGUGAAGCUCAUCCAUACAGAGGUUCGGAACUACAUCUGUGACGAGUGUGGACAGACCUUCAAGCAGCGCAAGCACCUCCUAGUACACCAGAUGCGCCACUCGGGAGCCAAGCCCCUGCAGUGUGAAGUCUGCGGGUUCCAGUGCAGGCAGCGAGCCUCCCUCAAGUACCACAUGACCAAGCACAAGGCUGAGACCGAGCUGGACUUUGCCUGUGACCAGUGUGGCCGGCGUUUUGAGAAGGCCCACAACCUGAAUGUCCACAUGUCCAUGGUGCACCCGCUGACACAAACCCAGGACAAGGCCAGGAGCCUGGAGACAGAGUCCCCUGGGUUGCUGGGUACCCCAGGGAUGGAGGAGGGCCAGGCUGUAAAGCCCGAGCCCACCUGAGACCACCAG